ACCACUACAACUCUAUCUUUCAUCGGAAUAGAACGCCGUUUCAAUCUGCUUUUGACUAUACACAGCGAAAUCAUGGUUUCUAUUCAAACAUCUUGUGUUUUGUUACUUUUAGUUGUAUUAUAUUCAGGAUUUUCAAAGACAGAUGCACUCACAACGAGUAUGUUUACUGGUACUACAGCCAUCAUGCUGGGAAGCACGGAAGACGCAAUGACGUCAUCUCAAUCAACUGAAUCAGGAAGCACAAAGGAGGCAAUAAUGACAUCUCAUGCUGAAACUACAUUAGGAACCACGGUGGACGCAAUGACGUCAUCAUAUCAAUCAACCGAAUCAGGAAGCACAAAGGAGGCAAUAAUGACAUCUCAUGCUGAAACUACAUUAGGAACCACCGAAGACGCAGUGACGUCAUCUCAUCAAUCGACUGAAUCAGAGCUCGGGACCACUGAUAAGGCAGAAACUGCUGCUCCAACAACGAUGCAUUCAACAGAUCCAGAAAGGACGGUGAAGAAAUUAACAACAGUUCCAACACAAACCCCAGAGAAAACGGAGAAAGUGAUGACAAGCGUUCCUCCUAAAGGUCCCACCCAAUCGUACGUCAUUGACCUCAGUUUUGCAUUCGGAGCUGUCGGUGUCAUUAUAGCCAUUGUCCUCUUCUUCGUGUUUCGAGGGCUGCAUCAGGAUAAAAAAGAGGAAAAAGAAAAGGGAAUGAUAACAAAGAUACCAUUGGAAAACGUAACAUCGGAAGAAAAGUAGCACGUGGAACAGGGUCAAAUGAAUUAUCCACACUGUCUACUACGGCUUUGUAGUGUAGAAACCAUUAUAUGUCAAAGUCAAAGAACUACGUAGGCACCAAGGAAACGGAAAGGGGGGAUGGGGGGGGGGGGGGGGGGGGCUCAGCCCCAACUUUUUUUUAUAGGAAGGUUGUAAAAAGUCAAUUACAAAAAAAAAAAAAACCCAAUAAUAUAUGAAUGUUGGUUGUGAACACAAAUGACAUAGAAAACAAAGAGUCAAACAGAGGGCGCCGAAAGCUCUUCCUGGAUAUAAUUUCGCUUAUUUAUUCAGAACUUUUUUCCUUGCUUUGUCCGAAAGUUUGAUGUUUGCGUCGGCAAGGGGCGAUCAUCUAUAGCUUUUUCCCCUUUUUUAAUGUCAGAAGAUAUUUUUCAAAUCUGACGAGGUAUCCCUUAAUAGGCCAGAGGGCGCGGGGGGGGGGGGGUGUUAGUCGUUCGAGGCAGGGGCCUUAGGAUUUAUGGUGUUUUUUUUUCAGUCAAGAAAAAAAUAAUGGGAGAAACGAGCAGCGUGCACCAAAUCGUUUUGAUUUCGGAGAAGAAAAUAUGUCACCUUUGUAAACCCCGCCCUUUUUUGUUUUAUGGACCUGCUUCUGAUAAAACCCAACAUUUUCGGCGUUGUUCUAGAGAACGUAACAAGGGGCGGUCAAUUUUAAGAUGUCGGUAAAAUUAGAAACGGUUUUGAUAACGACCGGGACACGAAAGGCAGGGGGGAGGUGCCCAAAUCUAUCUUCGAUAUUUCAAGAGAACGUCAAUGUCUUACCCAUGUAUUUGUAUUAUAUUUGUGUUAAGGCAACCACACACAUUUUGACUGGUCCACGAUCCCAUUUGGAGAAAAUCGUAUUUUGCUCAAAAUGUGAAUGUAAAGCAUCUUUUUAUUUGAGGUUCAUAAUUAGCUUGAGGAAUACUAAUAUAACAAUUUUGAAUGAUUGCAAGCCUUUAGUUUGGAGUGAAGGCUAAAUUAUUUUCAAAUCGUAGCCAAUCGUACGACUGCUAUGACGUCAUUACGACUAACUACGGAAUUCGAUUUUAUUAUUAUAAGAAUGAUAGCAUAGUCACAGAUUUGAACAAAGGUAACAGUACGAUGAUUUAGAACAAUACACAGUGAAAUAUUCCAAUCUCAAUAUAAGCAUCAAAUUCUACUACGUUUUAUUCCAAAAUCUGAAUCGCAGGGGCCACGGAAACGGGGGGAAGGGGGGAGGUCUGCCCUGUAAAUCUGAUUAUGGUUAUUUGCAAUGCCCCCCGCCCCGCCCCCUAUCAAAUCCGUUCUGCGGCCCUGAAAAGUGAAAAGUGUGUGUUCAAGGUGUAUCCCGUAACAAGCUUUUUGCUUUCAGGGAACUACGCCUCUUUCUGAUAACAAUUUAUGUAUUUAUAUUCUUAUGACGUGGAGCGUUGUGGCCAAGUGGAUACGUCUUCUGACUUUGAAACAGAGGGUCGUGGGUUCGAAUCCUAGCCAUGGCGUAAUUUCUUUCAGCAAGAAAUCUAUCCACAUUGUGCUGCACUCAACCCAGGUGAGGUGAAUGGGUACCUGGCAGGAUUAAUUCCUUGAAUGCAUGAGCGCUGAAAGGCAGCUCGAGCUAAAACCGUUGUAAUAAUGAUAAUAAUAACGCGCCUCGGAAUAGAAUAUUUCUAGAUAGAUGGCGCAAUAUAAAUUCCUAUUAUCAAUAUUAUUAUGACAAAUAAUUUUGUAUGAUUUAUAUUGAACAAUUAUAUUUUAUGAAAAAUGGAAGAAAAUAAAUGAUUUGUACAUGAAUGAGAGUUAAUUUU